GUUUGUUUCAUCAUAGCAUUUCAUCUCAUAACUCAUCUCAUAUACCCAACCACAAGCAUAUACUCUUUCACUCAACAUACCCAUCUCAUCACACCUUUUCACACCAGAUACCCAAUUCAUACACAAUGGCUCCCAAGGUUCUCGUCGUUCUCACCAGCCAGUCCAAGAUGAACAAUGGACAUCCCACCGGCUGGUACCUGCCCGAGUUCGCUCACCCAUACUAUGACCUCGUCAACAAGGGCGUCGAGAUCACUGUCGCCUCUCCCGCCGGCGGCGAAGCCCCCCUCGACCAAGCCUCCGUCGAGAUGUUCAAGGGCGACGAGGAGUCCGUAAAGUUCCUCAACGAGAAGAAGCAGAUCUGGGAGCAGACCACCCCCCUCAAGGAGUUCCUCGGUAAGGCCUCCGAGUUCGACGCCAUCUUCUACCCCGGCGGCCACGGCCCCAUGUUCGACCUCGUCAACGACGAGACCUCCAUCAAGCUCAUCGAGGAGUUCUACAAGGCCGGCAAGCCCGUCGCCGCAGUGUGCCACGGCCCCAUUGUCUUUGUCAACGUCAAGGUCGAUGGUAAGCCUCUCCUCGAGGGCCGCGAGGCUACCGGUUUCAGCAACUCUGAGGAGGAGGCUGUCAAGCUGACCAGCGCCAUGCCCGUCCUUCUCGAAGAUGAGAUCAAGCGUGUUGGUGGAAAGUACGUCAAGGCUGACGACUGGGCUGAGAAGCUGGCGGUUGAUGGACAAGUUAUCACUGGACAGAACCCUGCUUCUGCCCACGCUGUUGGAAAGGCCAUUCUCAAGGCCAUUGGCGCUUAGAUAGAUCAUGAUACCACAUUAAUGCAAUGAGAUAAUGUCCAAAGUUGGCAAAUUGUG